GAGGAAUUUGUGAAUUGAUGUGGCUGUGAGAAUGAGAAGAGGAUUUUCCGGCUUCUGUUGAAUUUGUUUCUUCCUUCUUAUUCUUAGGGAACAGCAGGACCAGAUCCAACAACAGUCUACGUAGAUAUGAGAGCACUUCGACAUGACAGGGUGCGUUUGGUAGAGAGAGGUUCUCCACACAGUCUGCCACUUAUGGAGUCUGGGAAGAUUCUUCCAGGGGUCAAAGUCAUCAUAGCACACACAGAAACCAAGGGACCUCUGGGAGACUCGCAUUUAGGAGAGAUAUGGGUGAGUAGCCCACACAAUGCUACUGGUUACUACACAGUGUAUGGAGAAGAGUCGCUGCACGCUGAUCACUUUACUGCUCGCUUGAGUUUUGGAGACACUCAGACCAUAUGGGCUCGGACUGGGUAUCUUGGCUUUCUGCGCAGAACAGAACUUACUGAUGCUAGUGGAGAGAGACACGAUGCCCUGUAUGUGGUAGGCUCUUUGGAUGAAACACUGGAGCUCAGAGGAAUGAGGUACCAUCCCAUUGAUAUAGAGACCUCUGUAAUAAGAGCACAUAAGAGCAUUGCAGAAUGUGCUGUGUUCACAUGGACCAACUUGCUUGUUGUGGUUGUGGAGUUGGAAGGCUCAGAGCAAGAAGCAUUGGACCUGGUUGCUUUGGUAACAAAUGUGGUUCUGGAAGAGCAUUAUCUCAUAGUAGGUGUUGUAGUCAUUGUGGACCCUGGUGUUAUUCCUAUCAAUUCCCGUGGUGAGAAACAACGGAUGCACUUGAGAGACGGGUUUUUAGCUGACCAGUUGGAUCCUAUUUAUGUGGCCUACAACAUGUGAAAAGAGAAAAAUCACACCAAGGCUAAAGCACCAAAAUCAAGGGACUUUCCAAACAGUAACAUCGGAACCCAUUUUCUGUGGUUUUAAAAGCUGUUGAAAGGGAAAUGGAGAUGCUCAUCUUCACAGACCUUCAUCUCUCAGAUUGCAUUUGCUUUCAUAAAUCCAUUUUAACAGUUACAGCUGACUUAGGAUGGAGAGUUUACUGGAAUUCCUGAAGGAAGCUUAUGAGAACUGUGAUGGACCAAUUUUUUUUCUACAGUAAUUCUGAAUGUCAGUACUUGAUGCACUGCAUAAAAGGACAUAAAGCGGGGUGGGGAGAGAACACCAGCUGUGAGGACAACUCCUGGAAACAGUACUGAGUUGUGAGUAGCCGUUUGGAGUUCACCCUCCAUGUGAUUGUUUGCAAUAUAUUGGCAGUAUCUGGGUUCAGGCAUAACUUUCAAGACUGCACACAUCUCUACCAUAUUCUCUACUGUAAUGAAAGGAAUUUUGCACAUAUUUGAGAUUUUAAAAAUGCAGCCUUUUUAUUUGAAAUCACUGACUUACCCCCAUUCAGAAGAAAGAAAUUAAGUCCAAUCCCGGAUUCCAUGUAACAAUUAUGCUGCUGUUCAGCUUUUUUGUACCAAGUGAAAACAAAUACUGCAACUGUAAAAACAUUACUUAUUGUGCCAUGCUGGACUCUGUAAUGCUAUAAACUUUGUAAUAAAAUAUAAA